AUGAUUCCAUCAUUUGCUCCAGGGACCCUUGUGUGGUUGAAACAGGAUCGAUUCCCCUGGUGGCCGGGUUUUGUCAUGGACCCCGACGAGGUCAGGGACAUAACACUGCCUGAGGGGUCAGACGUGUGGGUUUGUUGUCUUCCUCGCGAUUCCCUCACUCUCUCAGCCGCCAACAGCGAAGAUGAGGGGCAAAUUAGAUAUUUUCUUCCGGAUCGAGAUGAGGGAAUGAUGGAAGAAGGAAAGUUAGACGCGAGCUGCGCGGUCGCAAUCGAAGAGGCGAUACAACUAUAUGAAGAACAACUCAAGGCACAAGCUGGAGGAACAAAUGAACGGAGGGUUAGAGGUGUAAAAACGGAAUUCGCCGACGGCGGAGAGCAAAAAGCGGUUGAAGCACCGCAACGACGGAAACUAUCGUUAAGAAGAGGUGCAUCAAAGCAUGUGGAAGAGAGGCGGAAAGAAGACGAAGGACGUCAUCACAUCUCAAGGAAGGAGACAAAAAGUGAGGAAAGUGGGCAGCGCCACAGAAAAAAGCGAAAAAUCAAGACUCUGAGGGACUUUGGUGGCGACAGCUCCGAGUCCGAGUUGGCUGGUGGCUCCAGUGAUGAUGAGUACGGCAAACGUACCGAAAGGAAACGAGGCCGUGAAGAUGGUAGAGACCUCCCUAAUGCAACGUACGACACUGUGGGAAGGGAAGGAUCUGCCGCAUCUGCAGACGACGACGUGGCUUAUGUUGUGGAUAUGCUGCGCAAGAGCCGUCAUGAUGUGACGAACGCAACUUUAGAAACUACAGGGAAGGAACUUACAGAGACGUACAUGGAAUGUCUGAACGGUGACGUUGUUGAGGUUAGCAUCGCAAACGAGGAACGUAUUGUUUCCUUACUUUCCUCCUUGGCGAGUGCAAACGUUACCCUGAAACAACUUAUAGGCACCAAGAUUGGGGUGGCUGUGGGCCAAUUCCUAUCUGAUGGUUUUCCACCUCAUAUUGUUAGGUUCUCUAAAGGCAUUCUUGAUUACUGGUUUCGCCAACUGCCUGAGGAGGUUCAGAAGCAACUGCUGGCGAAGCGGGCCCUCGGAACAACGCCAGUUGGGGAAGUUCAUGAGGACAAGGAGGAAACUGAGAAGGUGGUGGAUGGUGCUGAACAGUGA